GUUAGGAGGACAGAGACUGUCGGUAACGUUUCUGCUCAGUGGAAAGAUGUUGCUGAAUUUGACUAAGAAAAGUUUAGGUGUCGAUUAUGUAAAUGUAUUUGAAGUAAAUUUGAAAUGUGUUAUACUUGAGCAGGAGAGAUAUUGAGAGAGACCUAAACAGCCCCUGAUUUAAAAAAAAACAAAUUGAAGCAUGGCAGAACGCGGGGCCCAUCUGACUACCUCGUCUCUGGAAGUGGACGACAGACCCUCCAUAUUCGAGGUGAUUGCGCAGGAGUCGCUCAUGGGGACUGUGCAGCCUGCCCUGCAGCACGUUGUGAAGGUCCUGGCAGACUCCAGUCCGGCUCGGUACGGCUGGCUGUGGAGGUGGUUUGAUGAGAUCUACGUUGCUCUCGACCUGUUGCUCCAGCAUCAUUACCUCUCUCAGACCAGCGCGUCCUUCUCUGAAAACUUCUACGGCCUCAAACGAGUAGCCCUGUGGGGGCAGGGAGUCGGGAGUCGUCUGGCUUGCAGGGGGCUUCCCAGGAGGCAUCACUGGCGCUCCCUUCUCCUGCUGGCGCUCCUGCCCUACUGCAGAGUGAAGCUGGAGAAGUUCCUAGCCAGGCUGAGGGAAGAAGAGGACUUCUCCAUUCACCUUCCCCGAGCUCCCUGGAAGAAGCUCUACAAAGCUUUCCUGGCUGCUUAUCCGUUCACCAGUAUGGUUUGGGAGGGGUGGGUUUUCUCCCAGCAGCUAUUAUAUGUGUUCGGCAGGACUUGGCAUCACUCUCCCCUGCUGAGGCUGGCUGGAGUGCGGCUUGUUAAUUUGACAGCAGAGGAUAUCCGGGCUAUGGAUCUGCAGCCUCUGUUGACUGCGGGCUCUGGGACUAACCAAAGUGCUCGUGACAAGCUGAGACUGUUCCUGAGCCGAGCGGUGGGAGGAGUGGCUUUCUCCCUGUCGACUGGCCUCUCUGUGGGGGUGUUCUUCCUUCAGUUUCUGGAGUGGUGGUACUCCUCUGAAAACCAGGACACCAUUAAAACUCUAACCUCCCUCCCCACGCCUCCACCUCCUGUGCACCUGGACGAGCAGACCGAUCAGCUGACCCUACCCAAACACCAGAGUCUCUGCCCACUGUGCCACAAAACCCGCGUCAACGACACAGCCCUGGCUACCUCUGGCUAUGUGUUUUGCUACCGCUGUGCUUACACCUGUGUGAAACGGCAGCAAAGGUGCCCGCUGACUGGGUACCCAACGGAACUACAGCAUCUAAUAAAGCUGUAUAGCCCGGAUGGGUAAAAAAGCCCACAGUAAUAACAAGCAUGUUAGUAACCUUCGUAAUGUGAAAUUGGAGCCAACAGUAACACUGCUGUAUGCAUGUGUAAUGAUGUAAGUUUGAUACACACAAGUGCCUCUGUUUGCCCUCAGAUUCUGAUACGCUCUGAAGUUUGUGCUAAAAAUGACCUUUUCAGGUUUCUUUAUAACUGGAUAGAUGUAUGGAAAAAUUUAAGUCACAGACAGCUUCCAUACACCCCUAGAUUAUGAUCCACUCAAUAACCUUCUGAAGCUCCUUAACUCCGAUUCAUUAGCACUGGACAGUUGUUGUAGAUACAGGCACAGUGUGACAUACACAGCUGUCUCCAGUAGGUCUAACAUUAGAUUGCUCUAGAAGAGAAAAAAAGUUAUGUGUUUUAUGUGCUGUAGGAUGGUGUUUUGUUUUAGCCUAUUUUUCUUUAAAAUAUUCCAAAAAAGGUUCCAGUAACACUAGUAAUACAGAUGCAGACAUGUUCAUGGAAUUAAAUCAUAUGUAACGGGACUAUUGUCCCUAGCUUAGUAAUAGAUUGAACAAAAUACAUUUCUUUUUCAUUUGAAAUAAAAAAUAUGUAGAUAUCUUUAUUUCUAAAAAAUAUUAAUCCAUUUAAUAAGUGCAAUAAGACACUCCACUCCUGGGUGUUAGGUGUGCUAGAAUAACUUCCAGGGGCUGAAGGCAUAUCCAGCACCCUGUUGUGUCAUAUUUCUUACAUAGAGUGUGUGUGUGUGUGUGUGUGUAUGCAUCUCACUCUAAACGAAUCAGAACAAAUGUGUAUCUUUUUCAUAAGAUACAAAGUACUGUGGGCAUUACUGACUGAUAUGCAAUCCUUAAUUGAGUCUCCCAAUCUGUCAGAGCUUUCUAACCUGCCUUGAGGGUAAUAUCAGAAACUGAUGAUUUACUCCAAUAGAUGCAAAGAUGAGGACCUUGAAGUUACUGAAAUCAGCACUUCCAAAACCCUACAUUUGCCAUUUCCCCUAGUUUUGAUGGAACUAUAGGAUAUCACAACAGAAACACACAGUUGUGCUUUGUUUUUGUUUUUUAAUGUUUAAGGAGGGUAUGGUGGAAUGUUUU